UAAAAGGGGACUAGGGAGUCUGUGGCUUGGGAACGGGGAGUCUUGGGAGAGUGACUUGGGUUGGUCGGAGUUGCAUGCAGGACCGGGGUUCCUGAGCACCCCCCUCCUGGGACAGACACGCGAGAUGCCACCCUCGCCAAGGAAAUCUAUCAAGGAGCGCGAGCUGUUCUCCCUGACCUCAUCUCUACCAUGUUGCUCGUGGCUGAAGGUAGUUCUGUGCAGCCACAUGCGUAAUCUAUGGAUGGUGCUCAUGGCCCUCACUGUGCUCUGUGUGGCCAUUCAGAUCCUAGGAGUCGUCUGGCAAUCCAGGAAUGAUAAGAUGUUAAGUGAGAAGCUCCUGAAUGUGCAGUUCACCAUCAAGAUCCAGAGAACGCUCCCGACGGAGCAGAGGGACUGGGUACACUUGCGCUCUUCGCACGCCCCUGUUGUGGAAGAGGAAAUGAGGUCACAGGAGGAAGGAGCUCGUAAAGAACGGGCCAAAGGGAAGCAGAAGGUAGCAGAACAUCAACAUGGCAGAGAUGAGCCAGGUGUGGAGAGGCGUGUCCAGGAGCAUCACCAACAUUUAAAGCUCUCAUACACUGUCAAUAAGGUCAAAGACUCUAGGAAAGCGACCUGGGGUAAAGUUUCAGCAGUAAAGGCAGCCCUGCCCAAAGUCACAAUGGGCGAUGAUGAGUUGCAUUUGGGGGUUCCUGGGUCUGUAGUUCUCCAGCUGAGCCACCCAUCUAUCAAAGUGGUAUCCACCUUACCUUACAAACCUCCCAAACUCCUCUCAACCAAUCAGCUGAAGAGUAGAAACAGCCCUGCCCCUUUAGGCACCAACUCUGUAGUUGCCGGGGUGAUAAACGAGGUGAAAUCUGAGGUAGCCAGCGCCACCUGUCGGCCGAAGAACCACAUCGUCUUUCUCAAGACGCACAAAACGGCCAGCAGCACCAUCCUGAACAUCUUAUAUCGCUAUGGCGACAGCCGCAAUCUGACCUUCGCCCUUCCACUGAACAAGCACAGCCAGCUGUUCUAUCCCUUCUUCUUCGCCUCACACUUUGUGGAGGGAGUGAGGAGCCGCAGUGUCAAAGAGUUCAACAUCAUGUGCAACCACAUGAGGUUCAGACCACCAGAGGUGAGGAAAGUGAUGCCCCAGGACACGUUCUACUUCUCCAUCCUGAAGAACCCCGUUGCCAUGAUGGAGUCCAUUUUCAUCUACUACAAGAGCAUCCCUGCCUUCCACAAGGCCCGCAGCCUGGACGACUUCCUUGACAAUGGUUGGCGUGGUUACAACACUUCCCUGCCCAACAACCAUUAUGCCCGUAACAUCCUGACCUUUGACUUUGGCUUCGACAACAACGUCGCAACAGAGACACCCGGAGACCUGGAGACGCGGGGCGCCAAAGCCAUUGCCGCCAUUGAGCAGGACUUCCACCUCAUCCUCAUCUCAGAGUACUUUGACGAGUCCAUGAUCCUGCUCAAGCGCGCCCUCUGCUGGUCUCUGGACGAUGUCGUCUCCUUUAAGUUGAACAGCCGAAGCGAGCGCACACGGCACAUGCUCUCCCCGCACACCGCCGACAAGAUCAGAGCCUGGAAUGCCCUUGACUGGCAGCUCUACCUGCACUUUAACAUCACCUUCUGGCGACGCGUGGACGCUACUGUGGGGCGUGAGGAGAUGAGACGGGAGGUGACUCGGCUGCAGGAGCGACGUGCCGAACUAGCCAAAACCUGCCUGAAGGAUGGUGGUGCAGUGGACCCGUCGCAGGUGAAGGAUGCCGGGCUGAAGCCCUUCCAGUACGGGGCGGCCAUCAUCCAGGGAUACAACCUGAACCCUGGGCUGGUCGGGCCUACCAAAACACACUGUCAGAACCUGGUCACUCCAGAGCUACAGUACACAGACACUCUCUACACCAAGCAGUUCCCUGAGCUUGCCGCCAGGCAGAGACAGGCUGCCAAACUGGUCGCCUCACAGCGUCAGCCUAGUUCAGUUAAGGUCAACCCGAACAAAGCAGCCAUGACAGGGCCGGUGAGGGUGAGAGAGGCCAGACACAGUAGGACAGCCAGGAGUGGACAUAGAAACCCUCAUGCUCAGAAACAAAAUGACCUCCCCUCAAGUGCCCUGUCUAAAAUCACUGCAGCUAGAAGUGGCAGAAACAUGCCUUAAGGGGGGGGCUCUUUCAACACAGACUGGGGACUAGUGGGAAGAUCCACAGGAGCUCAUUGCUGCUGCGUACUGGGGUCUUUUUAAGCUGAACAGCCAAUGGCUAUGUUUUGUCUAUACAGUGAGGACCUUUCGCUGCACGUUAUGUUCACUCUGGCUGGCUGCAGUGCACGGGGCCAGUUGGCUGACUUUGGCGGCACUAGGAUAAGCUCUAGUGUUUCUGCCAAACGAUGCUGGACCUGUGUGGGUGGAGGGGAUGGAGUUGGGGGACGAGAGAAGGAAGAGUAGGAAAGAGAAGGAGAGUGCACCUGCGGUGACUGUCCUGCCUUGGCUGCUUGGACUGGAAGUAGCCUUUGGUGGCACACAUCUCCUAAACCCUCUCAUCUAAUAUUUCCCCUGGAUCUUGUUACACCCUGAGGUUUACAAUUUGAACCCUUGGGGUGUACAGUCAUGGUCAAAAGUUUUGAGAAUGACACAAAUAUUAAUUUUCACAAAGUCUGCUACCUCAGUUUGUAUGAUGGCAAUUUGCAUAAACUCCAGAAUAUUAUGAAGAGUGAUCAGAUGAAUUGCAAUUAAUUGCAAAGUCUCUCUUUGCCAUGCACAUGAAUUAAAUUCCCCCAAAAACAUGUCCACUGCAUUUUAGCCCUGCCACAAAAGGACCAACUGACAUCAUGUCAGGAAUUCUCUCGUUAACACAAGAGUGAGUGUUGACGAGGACAAGGCUGGAGAUCACUCUAUCAUGCUGAUUGGGUUCGAAUAACAGACUGGAAGCUUCAAAAGGAGGGUGGUUCUUGGAAUUAUUGUUCUUCCUCUGUCAAUCAUGGUUACCUGCAAGGAAACACGUGCCAUCAUCAUUGCUUUGCACACAAAGGGCUUCACAGGCAAGGAUAUUGCUGCCAGUACGAUUGCACCUAAAUCAACCAUUUAUCGGAUCAUCAAGAACUUCAAGGAGAGCUGUUCAAAUGUUAUGAAGAAGGCUUCAGGGUGCCCAAGAAAGUCCAGCAAGCGCCAGGACCAUCUCUUAAAGUUGAUUCAGCUGCGGGAUUGGUGCACCACCAGUACAGAGCUUGCUCAGGAAUGGCAGCAGGCAGGUGUGAGUGCAUCUGCACGCACAGUGAGGCGAAAACUUUUGGAGGAUGGCCUGGUGUCAAGAAGGGCAGCAAAGAAGCCACUUCUCUCCAGGAAAAACAUCAUAGACAGACUGAUAUUCUGCAAAAUGUACAGGGAUUGGACUGCUGGGGACUGGGCUAAUGUUGUUGUCUCUGAUGAAUCCCCUUUCCGAUUGUUUGGGGCAUCCGGAAAAAAGCUUGUCCGGAGAAGACAAGGUGAGCCCUACCAUCAGUCCUGUGUCAUGCCAACAGUAAAGCAUCCUGAGCCCAUUCAUUUGUGGGGUUGCUUCUCAGACAAGGGAGUGGGCUCACUCACAAUUUUGCCUAAGAACACAGCCAUGAAUAAAGAAUGGUACCAACACAUCCUUCGAGAGCAACUUUUCUGAACCAUCCAGGAACAGUUUGGUGAUGAACAAUGCCUUUUCCAGCAUGAUGGAGCACCUUGCCAUAAGGCAAAAGUGAUAACUAAGUGGCUCGGGGAACAAAACAUCGAUAUUUUGGGUCCAUGGCCAGGAAACUCCCCAAACCUUAAUCCCAUUGAGAACUUGUGGUCAAUCCUCAAGAGGGGGGUAGACAAACAAAAAUCCACAAAUUCUGACAAACUCCAAGCAUUGAUUAUGCAAGAUUGGGCUGCCAUCAGUCAGGAUGUGGCCCAGUUAAUUGACAGCAUGCCAGGGCGGAUUGCAGAGGUCUUGAAAAAGAAGGGUCAACACUGCAAAUAUUGACUCUUUGCAUCAACUUCAUGUAAUUGUCAGUAAAAGCCUUUGACACUUAUGAAAUGCUUGUAAUUAUACUUCAGUAUUCCAUAGUAACAUCUGACAAAAAUAUCUAGACACUGAAGCAGCAAACUUUGUGGAAAUUAAUAUUUGUGUCAUUCUCAAAACUUUUGUCCACGACUGUACUAUGGUUUGAAUGGGACAUACUUGAUACCAUUGAUUAAAUUGAUUGGGGUUGGGUAAGACCUGCAGUACAGUCUGUCUGCUAACACCAAAAGACAAGCAAAUACCUCCACUUUACCACGUGCUCUCUCAUUUAGACAGGACAUAUCUCAGGUCUCAUUUCUCUGAGUUGAUCUAAUCUUUACUCAGAGAUAAGGUGGCUCAAUUUGGAGAUGAAUAAAAUACAUGAUGGUCUGGUAAUUAUGUAGACAUCAGAGGAGGCUGGUGGGCAGAGCUAUAGGAGGAGAACAAGCUCAUUGUAAUGGCUGGAAUGGAAUCGAUGGAAUGUUUCCAAACACAUCAAACCCAUGAAAACAAGGUGUUUGACUCCGUUGCAUUGAUUCAAUUCCAGCCAUUAGAAUGAGCCCAUUCUCCUAUAGCUCCUCCCACCAGCCUCCUCUGGUAGAGAUUUAAGGGAAAUUGGUUUUCCUCAAGAUGUAGUCAAGAUGUAUAGAAAUACAAUUCCAGAAUGUUUAACUUAAGAGCACAUCUCAGCUCUUCUGAUACCACCUAAAGAGAGCAAGGGCUUGUAACAUUCUGUAAUAAUAGAUUUGUACAUAAACUCAAAUGCAGACAGCAGAAAGUUCCUAGAAUUGUAUCAUCCUUUUAGGUUAGUAACUAAGAGAGAUUGAGUUACUGAAGUUAUUCAGUAACUGAAAGACAUUCAGUAGGCCACUAUGGGAAAAAAUUCAGUUACCAAGACAUAACAAUGGAGGUCUCAAUUCUCACCGAGAUGGGAAUCACAUUAAAAUAUUGUAUUUCUUAGAAGACCAAAUGAUUUGUCUCUUUAAAUUAAAGUGUGCUUUUACAGUUUUUUUUACAAUCACCUUGGCACUAAUUUCGGAACCUUGAUGUCAUUUUUCAAAACUUUAGACACAAAACUCACAACCAAUGGUCAAAAUGCUAAUUUUUCAAAACUCUUAACACUUUUUCCAAUUGCUUGGAUACAGUACACAUAAAGCUAACAUAAUUUGUUCAUUGAACUAAAAUCACCUGUUCAAUCUGACACAACUUAACAUCAAAGUAUUACCAUUUCAAAAUGCAAUUCACACAUUGCAUCUGAAAUGACUGUCUAUUAAUUUCAUUACAAUGAUCUAACUAUCAAUUGAUACAACUGCUCAAAAUGAUAAGUAACUGUUGCAUUACUCUUAAUGCAUAGUUUUAUGGAAACUGACAAACAAUAUUCCAUGUUUAGAUCAUGAAAGUUUCAGGAUAACGAGAUCCAUUGACACCACUUACCGUGGAACAUGAACCAAUUAAACUACAUUAUCUAUGGAUGUCAUAUUUAAUUAUCAUUCUUUAUCAGACCACGUUUCUAUGGUCCCAUGUACCACUUUUCCAGACCAUGUUUUCAGAUUUGACAUUACUGUACACUCACCGGCCACUUAUCUAGUACUGGGUAGGACCCCUUUUGCCUCCACAACAGCUUGAAUUAUUCACGGUGUUGUACAAUAAGAGAAGCCCUUCUGCACCACUGUUUUAAACAGCUGUUAUUUGAGCAUUUGUGGCCUUUCUGUUAGCUUGAAUGAGUCUGGACAUUCUCCUCUGACCUCUCUCAUUAACAAGGUGUUUUGCCCCCAGAACUGCCACUCACUGAAUGUGUUUUGUUUAUCGCACCAUUCUCUGUAAACUCUAGAGACUGUGGUGCGUAAAAAUCCCAGGAAGGCAGCUGUUUCUGAGAUGCUGGAAUCACCAUGUGUGGCAUCAACAAUCAUACCACGGUCAGUUGCUUAGAUUAUGCAUCUUGCCCGUUCUAAUGUUUGGUCGAACAACAUAUAAAGCUCUCUACUCUAUAUACUCUAUAUAUUGAGUUGCAGGCAGCCACAUGAUUCACUGUUCGAAUGUAACCUUCCUGAUGAGCUAAAUCAGGUCUGUAGAGCUGAUUGCAUGACCUAUGUCAUUGUGUGGGAUAAUGUCAGGUUCCACCAUGCUCAAAUGGUGCAAGUCUGGUUUCAGGCCCAUCCACAGUUUACCACCCUGUACUUACCCCCAUACUCUCCUUUCCUAAAACCCGAUUGAGGAAUUUUUCUCCACAUGGAGGUGGAAGGUAUAUGAUAGGUGCCCUCAUGAACAAGCCACCCUUCUCCAGGCCAUGGAUGACCCAUGUAAUGACAUCACGGCAGACCAGUGUCAGGCCUGGAUUCGCCAUGCCCGAAGAUUCUUCCCAAGAUGUUUGGCUAAUGAAAACAUUCAUUGUGAUGUGGAUGAGAACCUGUGGCCAAAUCCACAAGACAGUGUUGAUGGAAAUAUAGAAGUACAGUAAUCAAUCUUUUGUUUUACAGUAAGCCAGGUGGGGAACACUGCAGUGAUGUUUUACAGUAAGCCAGGUGAGGAACACUGCAGUGAUGUUUUACAGUAAGCCAGGUGAGGAACACUGCAGUGAUGUUUUACAGUAAGCCAGGUGAGGAACACUGCAGUGAUGUUUUACAGUAAGCCAUGUGAGGAACACUGCAGUGAUGUUUGACAGUAAGCCAGGUGAGGAACACUGCAGUGAUGUUUUACAGUAAGCCAGGUGAGGAACACUGCAGUGAUGUUUUACAGUAAGCCAGGUGAGGAACACUGCAGUUGAGAUUUAACUGUUUUUUUCUUUUUUGUAGCAAAUGAUUUUUGCUUUGAUUCAAAGAAACCUAUAUUGGGAUUUUAUUGUAUUUCAUCAAUAAAUUUCAUAUUUUGUUCAGUGUCUGUAGUAUUCUCUCAACUAGUCCUUUUACAGUGAUGUAUUUACGUGUAGUAGCAUAAUGAAACAUGUUUCACAUGUUUUGUACUACAAUAUUUAAUGAUUGUACGAAAAACUACACAGUAAAACUAUCGGUACCUUGUGUGUGGGUGAUCUAAAUGAAUGUUCCUAUGGCAUUUCAUGAUAAAUUAGUUAUUUGAACCUAUGAUUCUGCAAGUGCAAGGUUUCUUUAAAUAUGAAUGCACAAUGCCAUGUGAUGACCGUUCUGAGUUUUGUGUCUAGGGUUUUGAAAAAUGACCACAAGGUUCUGAAGUUAGUGCCAAAGUGAUUUUUAAAAACUGUAAAUCAUACUGCACUUUAGAGUAAAUAUAUUUGGGUUGUAAAGAAUUGAUCGUAAAAUGGAAAUGUAGAUUUUGUAUUUAGAGAUGAUUUUGUGAUGUGAUUCCUUACAGCCUCAUUCUAAAAGUGAUUAUAUAAAAAGCGAAAAAAGUUUUUUAAAAUUUAAUAAUAAUACAAAAUGUAUCAGAAAUAGAAAACAGAAAUACCUUAUUUACAUAAGUAUUCAGACCCUUUGCUAUGAGACUCAAAAUUGAGUUCAGGUGCAUUCUGUUAAGGAUCAUCCCUGAGAUGCUUCUACAACUUGAUUGGAGUCCACCUGUGGUAAAUUCAAUUGAUCGGACAUGAUUUGGAAAGGCACACACCUGUCUAUAUAAGGUCCGACAAUUGACAGUGCAGAUCACAGCAAAAACCAAGCGAUAAGGUCAAAUGAAUUGUCCGUAGAGCUCCAAGACAGGAUUAAAUCGAGGCACAGAUCUUGGGAAGCUUACCAAUUUUUUUUGCUGCAUUGAUGGUCCCCAAGAACAUAGUGCCCUCCAUCUUUCUUAAAUGGAAGAAGUUUGGAACCACCAAGACUCUUCCUGGAGCUGGCCGCUGGCCAAACUGAGAAAUUGGGGGAGAAGGGCCUUGGUCAGGGAGGUGACCAAGAACCCGAUGGUCACUCUGAGAGAGCUCUAGAGUUCCCCUGUGGAGAUGGGAGAACCUUCCAGAAGGACGACCAUCUCUGCAGCACUCCACCAAUCAGGCCUAUAUGGUAGAGUGGCCAGACGGAAGCCACUCAGUAAAAGGCACAUGACAGCCCGCUUGGGCUAAAGUCUAUCAGACCAUGAGAAACAAGAUUCUCUGGUCUGAUGAAACCAAGAUUGAAGUCUUCGGCCUGAAUGCCAAGCAUCACGUCUGGAGGAUACCUGGCACCAUCCCUAUGGUGAAGCAUGGUGGUGGCAGCAUCAUGCUGUGGGGAUGUUUUUCAGCGGCAGGAACCGGGAGGCUAGUCAGGAUCGAGGCAAAGUUGAACAGAGCAAAGUACAGAGAGAUCCUUGAUGAAAAUCUGCUCCAGAGCACUCAGGACCUCAGACCUGGGCAAUGGUUCACCUUCCAACAGGACAACGACAGAGAAGAAUGGGAGAAACUCCCCAAAUACAGGUGUGUCAAGCUUGUAGCAUCAUACCCAAGAAGACUCAAGGCUGUAAUCACUGCCAACGGUGCUUCAACAAAGUACACAGUGAAGGGUCUGAAAACUUAUGUAAAUGUGGUAUUUCAGUUUCUUUAUAUAAAACAUUAGCAACAAUUUCUAAAAAACUGUUUUGCUUUGUCAUUAUGGGGUAUUGUGAGUAGAUUAAUCAGGGGAAAAUAUGAUUUAAUCCAUUUUAGAACAAGGCUGUAAUGUAACAAAAUGUGGAAAAAGUCAAUGGGUCUGAAUACUUUCCGAAGACCCUGUGUUUAUUUUUCUCAUUGUUUUGAGCAGUGAUGUUGCCACUGACUCGGGAAGCACAGAUUUCAAAAUUGAAAUGGUCAAAUAAAAGGGUGAUGUAUUAUAA